CCCAUUAACUUCAAAAAACAAAGUAAAAAACCCUUUCUAGGGUUUUAGACAUUUGAGUGAAGGAAAAGAAAAUAUGGUGUUGUCAAACAAGAAGCUGAAGCAGAAGCUUAGAGCAGAACUAUUGGCAAAAACGGUAGCCGAAUCCGACCUGUAUAAGAAAAACCCAGAUUCGAAUUCGGAGACCCAGUCCCUGAAAUCGCUCCUAGACUCAGUAACUCAGAAACCCAGAUUGUCAAAGCGAGAAAAAAGAAGAAAAAUCGUUUCUUUUUCAAAAGGGUCAAACCAGGAAGGUCAAGAAAAGGGAGAGGAGGUUGAAGUAGAAGAAGAAAAGAGUGAGGAGGUUGAAAAGAAGAAGACAAAGAAGAGGAAGAGAGAAGAGGAAAAGGUGAAGGAGGAGGAAAGGACGUCGGAGACGAAGGAAAAGAAGAAGAAGAAGAAGAAAAGGAAGAAGCAGAAAAACGUAAGUGAAGAGAAAGGAGUUUUUCAGGUUGACAAUGGGACUGGAAGCCAAGCUAGAGAGGAUGUUGCCACAAAAGUCUAUGUUGGAGGCAUUCCAUAUUGCUAUACUGAGGAUGAUAUUCGAUAUUAUUUUGAAGGUUGUGGUGCCAUAGUUGAUGUUGAUUGUAUGAAGUUUCCUGACACUGGGAAGUUUAGAGGAAUUGCAAUUAUUUGUUUCGAGACUGAAGCCGCAGCAAAAGAAGCCUUGGCUCUUGACAGAGCUGAAAUGGGUGGAAUGCAGCUGACAAUUCAGCCCUACAAAUCCACUCGAACUAAUAAAGCAACUGGUUUUGCCCCAAAGAUGGUGGAUGGUUACAACAGAAUAUAUGUUGGAAAUUUAUCAUGGGAUAUAACUGAGGAUGAUCUGAAGAAGCUUUUCUCUGAUUGCAGUGUAUCAUCUAUACGCUUUGGCAUGGACAAGGAAACAGGGGAAUUCCGAGGCUAUGCCCAUGUGGAUUUCUCUGAUAGUGUCUCAGUAGCCAUGGCAUUAAAGUUGGACCAAGAAAUUGUGUGUGGUAGACCUGUCAAGAUAAGUUGUGCAGUUCCUAAGAAAGGAGUAAAAACUGAGUCAAGAUCUCGUGCUACAAGUAAUGAAGUUCCUACAACAAAUGAAGCACCUUCAAGUAAAGAAAUUCCUAUAAGAAAUGAAGCACCUCCGGCUAAUGAAGCACCUAUGAAUAAUGAAGCUGAGAACAGUGGUGCAUGUGUCAGCAGUGGUAAAUUGAGGAGAAGGACAUGCUAUGAGUGCGGACAAAAGGGCCAUAUUUCUUCUGCUUGCCCAACUAAUAAUGUUCCUACAAGAAAUGAAGCACCUCCAGGUAAAGAAAUUCCUACAAAAAAUGAAGCAUCUCCAAGUAAAGAAGCAACAGAAAGUAAUGAAGCACCUGCGGGUAAUGAAGCUGAGAACGGUGGUUCAAGUGUCAGCCGUGGUAAGUUGAGGAGGAGGACAUGCUAUGAGUGCGGACAAAAGGGCCAUAUUUCUUCUGCUUGCCCAAAUAAGAAAACUGCAGAAACAACAAAUACAAACACAAAUUGACCAUUAAUGGAAGGUUUUUUCCCUAUCACCUCAAUUGCAGCCAUUUACAUGUGACUCCUGUUGUACUGGCAUAAUCUAAAGUGUUAUUCAAUAGGUAGACAGAUGUAAAGAUUCAGAUGACAACUGAAUUAUUCAUAUCUUUUUCUACUUUGGUAUGAAUUCUGAUUUUAUAGACUGCCCUGAGGAAUUUCUGAGCCUAGGGAAGCCGUUGUUAUAAUUAUACUUUGAAUCCUUUUUAUCGAGAUUCAUGGAAGAAAAUUAACAGGGACAAAGACCACAGAACAUUCUUGAUAUUUGCAGGUGUAAUCGAUUAUGAUCUAAGCCGAGCUUCUUUGCAACUUCCUUUGCAAUGGAAUAGGAUUAUAGUGAAUUACUGAUAACAGAUAUACAGAAUAUUAUAAUCUGGGCAAUGAAUAGAUUGAAGCAGAAAUAGAUUUAAACAGGCAAAACAGCAUGGAGGUAAGGGCAAUUGCCUGUGACUGAAUCUCUGAUUAUCAGUAGGCAACUGGGUAGCUCUUUAUGUUUGGAGCUAUCCGCGAGCUUCAACCGUAGCAUUUUGGAAGUUCGAAAUGUUGUCAGCUUGUCUCCAUGUUUUCAGCAUCAUGGUUUCACGGGACUGGCUUUGACUUUCAUUUUGAAAAUGGAAAUUUUGUCCUGAUUUCACUUUGGUCCGUGAGCUUCUGGUAAUUGACGAAUAUGUGCCAACAUGCUAGGAUUUGUCCUGCAACGGAAGCAAUUGUCUAAUGAUAUAGGUCUAAAAUAAAUUAUCCAAUUUGUGAUAUGCCAUACAUAUCUUAAUCAAUAAUGAUUUUCAAAGAUCACGUCCUUAUUUUAAUCAAUGCAACUGGAUCUGUUAAGGGGAAAAAUGGUUUUCAUUCAAUAUAAAAGGGAGGCAAGUAAACAAGGGUGGUGAUUUAAGAGCUAAAUUUGACUUGCUCUUUCUCAUUUGAAAUGUUCAUUGGCAAGUGUGCUCCCUGUACUCUAAUAAGUGAGGAGGUUCUAUAUAACCAAAAUUCCAGCAUCCUUGAUAUCAUGUUAACUCUUGAUUUUUGCUGCAAAUGAUCAAAGCAUUCUUGAAGCUGGUAUAAUGUACAAUUUCUUUUAUGUUUCCUAGUA